GGGCAGCUCGCCCUUCUUGAAGUUCUUCCCAGUGCUAGCCAUCUUCAUUUCCACAGCAUGAUUGCGCAGCUGGCUGGCUGCUUUCUAGGGCUAAUUGCGUCCUGCCUGUAGCCUUGGGAUGACCGUGAUUGCAAAUCACUGUCCUUACAUACACGCAGCUAGGAGGCUGUUUGCCGCACAGUUGGUGCAACCUACAUCUGUCACUCUGCAAAGCGCAAGACCACUUUUGGAUCCCGCUUUGGUACUAAGGAGAGACGCAGCGUCGAUUUCGAAGCAGAUUGGGAAAAGCUCGAUCGUCAGGGCCGCAAUUUCAGACUCCAGCUCCCCUCUAAAGAUGGUGAAAGCAAUCAGAAUUCACAAAGCGGGGGGCCCGGAGGAGCUCAAGUGGGAGGACAUUGACGUGCCAGAGCCGGGUGAGGGGGAAGUGCGAAUCAAGCACACCGCAGUGGGGCUCAACUUUAUCGACAUAUAUUUUCGGAAGGCCAUCUAUCCACCGCCCGGUUAUCCUUUCAUUCCGGGUAUGGAAGCAGCGGGCGUCGUAACGGCCGUCGGGCCGGGCCUGACCGGUUGCAAAGUAGGGGACAGAGUCGCAUGUGCUGGGCGGCCGAUGGGUGCUUAUGCGGAGGAGCGAGUGAUACCUGCAAACGUCCUUGUCCCGCUCCCCGACAACAUUUCUGACGAGCUCGCUGCGGCCUCCCUCCUUAAAGGCAUGACCGCUCACAUCCUGCUACGCCGCGUGUUCAAGGUCGAGAAAGGGCACCGAAUCCUGGUUCACGCCGCAGCCGGCGGCGUGGGCCAGAUUCUCGUCCAGUGGGCGCACUCCUUGGGCGCGACGGUGAUCGGAACGGCCGGGUCAGAGGAGAAGAUUAAGCUGGUUAAGGACCUAGGAGCGGACCACGUGAUCAACUACAAGACGCAGGACUUCGUGCAGGAAGUCAGGAACAUUACAAACGGUGCGGGCGUGCACGUCGUCUACGACUCGGUCGGGAAGGACACCUUUUACGGUUCCCUCGACUGCCUCGCCCCGCUGGGAACCCUAGCCGUUUUUGGCGCCUCCUCGGGGGCCCCCGAGCCGUUCUCCAUCUCAGAGCUCGCCAAACGCGGGUCGCUCUCCGUUACCCGGCCAUCGCUUAUGGACUACACCAAGACCCGGGAGGACCUGCUGACGUCAGCCGGGGAGCUGUUCCAGAUGCUGGCCGGAGGGCUGGUGAAAGUGUCGGUUGGAAAUCGAUUUCCGUUGGGAGAGGCGCAGAAAGCGCACGAAGCGUUGGAGGGGCGGCACACGACGGGGUCGACGGUUCUUGUACCUUAGGGAGUCUCUGCUACGCGCGUAUGAUAGGCAGAUCGUAUAAGUUGGGAACCUGCCACGUGGUUUGUGCUUCAGACUUGUCAUGCGAAUAAGGCUUGGUAUCUUCGCGGAUCUGGCUGUACAUAUAAUAGAAGCACGGGCACAGAAAGUACGGUUAUAUAGGGUGACGGAUUGCGUGACCAAGCUGAGAGAUGGCACUGUACUGUACGCACGCUACACCGCAUGUGAGUGUUCUUUUGACACUCCAACCUAUAGCGGUUGCAUUUCUGAAAUACAUUUCGCAGAGCGAUCAGAUAUGCAGCAACCUUGUGUGGGAAAUAAGAUGUAUGUUGCACGAGUCCGUGGCUGCCUCGAGUCCGCCUCAAGACGCUGAAUCAAAGUUCAACGGUCACGAUCGCA